AUGGCCAGAUGGGAUGCAAUCCUAUCUCUUCCAGUACAAAAUCCUCCCUCCUUGGAAAUUUCUUCCGAUGACCUAGUUUGGUCCAAAGUGGAAGGCUGGCAUGAUAAAUUAGAUAGAGUUGCUAUAAUCCCUUUUGCUAGAGUUGCUGAUUUUGUUAGAGGUGAAUCUAAUAAUAAAGAAUGUCCUACAAGAUUUCAUGUUGAAGCUAGACGUCGUCGCCCUCCGACUUUCAAGCAAAAGGUUGAUGGCAUACUAGAGUAUAUUUUGUAUUGGUGUUCCUUUGGUCCGGAUGACCAUAGAAAAGGUGGAAUUGUUAGACCAAGUCGUAGUACGUAUGUUCCAAAGAAGAAAAAUGCUGGUCGACCAAAUACCAAACGUGGUUGCACUUGUCACUUUAUUGUGAAACGCCUUAUAGCUGAACCUUCGGUUGCUUUGAUUAUAUAUAACGAUGAUAAGCAUGUUGAUAAAAAGGGUGUGCCGUGCCAUGGUCCACAGGAUAAAAAGGCGGCUGGAACAAUUGCUGAGUUUGCUCCAUAUAUUUCAGAAGAUCUCAGACUACGGGUUUUAUCUCUUCUAUAUGUUGGAGUGUCAGUGGAGACCAUUAUGCAGAGGCACAAUGAAUCAGUAGAGAAACAAGGUGGUCCAAGUAACCGUGAUGACCUUUUGUCUCAGCGUUAUGUUCGAAGACAAGAGAGGGAAAUACGCCGUUCUAGUUAUGAGCUAGAUGCUGAUGAUUCAGUUAGUAUUGACAAGUGGGUUGGAAGCCACCAGAAUAAUGUUUUCUUCUAUGAAGAUUUCUCUGAGUCUGAUCCAUUUAUUUUGGGCAUUCAAACGGAGUGGCAAUUGCAACAAAUGAUUAGGUUUGGGAACUGUGCUCUUCUCGCAUCUGAUUCAAGAUUUGGUACAAAUAAAUUAAAGUACCCCGUUCAUAGUCUUCUAGUAUUCAACUCAGAGAAGAAGGCUAUUCCCGUUGCUUGGAUAAUAACACCAAGGUUUUCAUGUUUGGAUGCACAUCGAUGGAUGAGGGCUCUGUAUAAUAGAGUUCAUACUAAAGAUCCUCAUUGGAAGCUGGCUGGCUUCAUAGUAGACGACCCACAUUAUGAUGUCCUAGCAAUCAGGGACGUGUUUCAGUGCUCAGUAUUGAUAAGCUUCUGGCGAGUUCGACAUUUAUGGCAUAGAAACAUAAUUAAGUGUUUGGAAACUGAUAUGCAAAUAAAAAUAUCCAAACGGCUUGGGUGGAUAAUGGAUAAUAUUUUCCGUCGCCAGGGAACCAUGUCACUAUUUGAAGAUUUUGUAGAGGACUUCAUUGAUGAACCCAAUUUUAUGGAGUAUUUCAAGGCCACUUGGUAUCCUAGAAUGGGAGCAUGGGUUGAUGCCCUUAGAACUCUUCCUCUUGCUAGCCAAGAGUCUUGUGCAGCAAUGGAAUAUUACCACAACCAACUGAAGAUCAGGUUGUUGAAUGAGAAAGACAUCAAUGUUUAUCAGCGUGCUGAUUGGUUGGUUGACAAGAUAGGUACAAAAGUCCAUUCUUAUUAUUGGCUUGAUGAGUGCUCAGAUAAAGAUGAUUUUGCACGAUAUUGGAAAAACGAAUGGAUGAGUGGUUUGACAUCAUGGCGCAAAGCACUGAAGAUUCCAGAUGCCGAUGUCAUAAUGGAAGAUGGGUGUGCUAAGGUUAAAGAUGAGCAUGACCAAGAUAAAGCUUAUAUUGUAUGGAACACUGGUUCAAUGUUGAGCAUCUGCGACUGUGAUUGGGCAAAGGAUGGCAACAUGUGUGAGCAUAUCUUGAAAGUUUUUAGAAUCUGCCGAAAUCGAGGGUCUGUUCCACCAUCCAUCAGCUUAUUGCAGUACCAUCAGGUGCUAAAUAACAUGCUGCGUUGCCCACCUUUUGAUUCUUUAAUUCGUGAUCAUGCUGUGUCGUUGGCAGUUUCAGUUCAGAAGCAGUUAAAUACACUACUUGAUAAAGAUAGUAUCCAGACUGCCAGGGGAUCUAAUGAGAAGCGAGUCGAUAUUGAUAUCCAUCGGCUGAACUCUAGGGUAGCUUCAGCUGCCCAAGAUGAAGCCUUAGUUUGUGAGAGGCAAGUCAUCAAAGAUAUUUUAUCCCGGGGUGCUGCAUGUGGAGUGAGUGAUAUCACCGGUCAUGCGGACAUGGAUGUUGAUGAGACUGUUUCAAAUAAUAAUGCAUUACUAGAGAAAAAAACGACAGGUUUAAUCACUAUAGGAAGUGGGAUUUCAGCUUCCAAAAAUGGUGCUGUUUUUUAUGAGAUUAAUGAAGAUAUUUGCAAGAAUAACAAUGGUAUGGAUGUGGAUCCCCCACCCUUAGACACCACCUCAUAA